UUAAAAAAUAAAGUACUUUAUCUUUAUUUUAGGAUUCUACAACGAAAUCCUUUAUUUUCUAGCAAUUCUACUACUACGAAACAAAAAAGACCCUUCAAAUUCUUUUUGAAAAAGAAACUAAGCGUGCUAUUCUAAAUCGAACUAAAGUCAAACUUUCUAGUGCUUAUAAAUUCUUAUGGCUUUAUCCCUUUCAUAGAAAGGAGAUAAAACGAGAAAUCUUUGCUAUCCAAUCUUUUUAGAAUAUCAUAAAGUUUCAGUGGCAGAAUUUUUUUCUAGGACUGUUUUAUCAAUUCAUUUUUAUUCCAUUUCAACCCCUGCUAAAUUCGAACUUUCGUCGAAAUCGUCUCUAUUCAUAUGUAUGAAAUACAUAUAUGAAAUACGUAUGUGGAGUUCCCUAGAAUUUCAUGUGAUUCAGUAAACAGAAUAUGGAUUCCAUGAUUGCUAGAUUGAUCCGUAGGGAUUGAUGAAGAGUGAGCUGAUAAUGGAAUUUUUCUUCUAUAAAUAGGAAACUUAAGAUUCAAAUGCUCCGGAAUGGAAAUGAGGGAAUGUCCACAAUACCCGGAUUUAGUCAGAUCCAAUUCGAGGGAUUUUGUAGAUUCAUUAAUCAAGGCUUGGCGGAAGAACUUGAGAAGUUUCCCACAAUUAAAGAUCCAGAUCACGAAAUUGCAUUUCAAUUAUUUGCGAAAGGAUAUCAAUUGCUAGAACCCUCGAUAAAAGAAAGGAAUGCUGUGUAUGAAUCACUCACCUAUUCUUCCGAAUUAUAUGUAUCCGCGAGAUUAAUUUUUGGUUUCGAUGUGCAAAAGGAAACCAUUUCUAUUGGAAACAUUCCUAUAAUGAAUUCCUUAGGAACCUUUAUAAUAAAUGGAAUAUACCGAAUUGUGAUCAAUCAAAUAUUGCUAAGUCCUGGUAUUUACUACCGCUCGGAAUUAGACCAUAAGGGAAUUUCUAUAUAUACCGGGACUAUAAUAUCAGAUUGGGGAGGAAGGUCGGAAUUAGCAAUUGAUAAAAAAGAAAGGAUAUGGGCUCGCGUGAGUAGAAAACAAAAGAUAUCUAUUUUAGUUCUAUCAUCAGCUAUGGGUUCGAAUCUAAGAGAAAUUUUAGAUAAUGUUUCCUACCCCGAAAUUUUCUUGUCUUUCCCGAAUGCUAAGGAGAAGAAGAGGAUUGAGUCAAAAGAAAAAGCUAUUUUGGAGUUUUAUCAACAAUUUGCUUGUGUAGGUGGGGACCUGGUAUUUUCGGAGUCCUUAUGCGAGGAAUUACAAAAGAAAUUUUUUCAACAAAAAUGUGAAUUAGGAAGAGUUGGUCGACGAAAUAUGAAUCGGAGACUGAAUCUUGAUAUCCCUCAGAACAAUACAUUCUUGUUACCACGAGAUGUAUUGGCCGCUACGGAUCAUUUGAUUGGAAUGAAAUUUGGAACGGGUAUACUUGACGAUGACGAUAUGAAUCACUUGAAAAAUAAACGUAUUCGUUCGGUUGCAGAUCUGUUACAAGAUCAAUUCGGACUGGCUCUUGGCCGUUUACAACAUGCGGUUCAAAAAACUAUCCGUAGAGUAUUCAUACGUCAAUCGAAACCGACUCCACAAACUUUGGUAACUCCAACUUCAACUUCGAUUUUAUUAAUAACUACUUAUGAGACCUUUUUUGGCACAUACCCCUUAGCUCAAGUUUUUGAUCAAACCAAUCCAUUGACACAAACGGUUCAUGGGCGAAAAGUGAGUUGUUUGGGUCCAGGAGGAUUGACGGGGAGAACUGCAAGUUUUCGGAGCCGAGAUAUUCAUCCGAGUCACUAUGGGCGUAUUUGUCCAAUUGACACGUCCGAAGGAAUCAAUGUUGGACUUACCGGAUCGUUAGCUAUUCAUGCGAGAAUUGAUCACUGGUGGGGAUCUAUAGAGAGUCCGUUUUAUGAAAUAUCUGAGAAAGCAAAAGAAAAAAAAGAGAGACAGGUAGUUUAUUUAUCACCAAAUAGAGAUGAAUAUUAUAUGAUAGCAGCAGGAAAUUCUUUGUCCUUGAAUCAGGGUAUUCAGGAAGAACAGGUUGUUCCAGCUAGAUACCGUCAAGAAUUCCUGACUAUUGCAUGGGAACAGAUUCAUGUUAGAAGUAUUUUUCCUUUCCAAUAUUUUUCUAUUGGAGGUUCUCUCAUUCCUUUUAUUGAGCAUAAUGAUGCGAAUCGGGCUUUAAUGAGUUCUAAUAUGCAGCGCCAAGCAGUUCCACUUUCUCGGUCCGAGAAGUGCAUUGUUGGAACUGGAUUGGAACGCCAAACAGCUCUAGAUUCGAGGGUUUCCGUUAUAGCCCAACGCGAGGGAAAGAUCAUUUCUAGUGAUAGUCACAAGAUCCUUUUAUCAAGUAGUGGGAAGACCAUAAGUAUUCCUUUAGUUGCCCAUCGGCGCUCUAACAAAAAUACUUGUAUGCACCAAAAACCUCGGGUUCCGCGGGGUAAAUCCAUUAAAAAAGGGCAAAUUUUAGCGGAGGGAGCAGCUACAGUUGGCGGGGAACUUGCUUUAGGAAAAAACGUUUUAGUAGCUUAUAUGCCCUGGGAGGGUUACAAUUUUGAAGACGCAGUACUAAUUAGUGAACGUUUGGUAUAUGAGGAUAUUUAUACUUCUUUUCACAUCCGAAAAUAUGAAAUUCAGACGGAUACGACAAGCCAAGGCUCCGCUGAAAAAAUCACUAAACAAAUACCACAUCUAGAAGAACAUUUACUUCGCAAUUUGGACAGAAAUGGAGUUGUAAGGUUGGGAUCCUGGGUAGAAACUGGCGAUAUUUUAGUAGGUAAAUUAACGCCUCAGAUAGCGAGCGAAUCGUCCUAUAUCGCGGAAGCUGGAUUAUUACGGGCUAUUUUUGGUCUUGAGGUAUCCACUUCAAAAGAAACUUCUCUCAAACUACCUAUAGGUGGAAGAGGGCGCGUUAUCGAUGUGAAAUGGAUCCAGAGGGACCCCUUUGACAUAAUGGUUCGUGUAUAUAUUUUACAGAAACGUGAAAUCAAAGUUGGGGAUAAAGUAGCUGGAAGACACGGGAAUAAGGGGAUCAUUUCCAAAAUUUUGCCUAGGCAAGAUAUGCCCUAUUUGCAAGAUGGAACACCUGUUGAUAUGGUCUUCAAUCCCUUAGGAGUACCCUCACGAAUGAAUGUGGGACAAAUAUUUGAAAGCUCGCUCGGAUUAGCAGGGGAUCUGCUAAAGAAACAUUAUAGAAUAGCACCCUUUGAUGAGAGAUAUGAGCAAGAGGCUUCAAGAAAACUUGUGUUUUCGGAAUUAUAUGAAGCCAGUAAACAAACAAAAAAUCCAUGGGUAUUUGAACCCGAGUACCCGGGAAAAAGCAGAAUAUUUGAUGGAAGAACAGGAGAUCCCUUCGAACAGCCUGUUCUAAUAGGGAAGUCCUAUAUCUUAAAAUUAAUUCAUCAAGUUGAUGAGAAAAUUCAUGGACGUUCUACUGGGCCCUACUCACUUGUUACCCAACAACCCGUUAGAGGAAGAGCCAAGCAAGGGGGACAACGAAUAGGAGAAAUGGAAGUUUGGGCUUUAGAAGGAUUUGGUGUUGCUCAUAUUUUACAAGAGAUACUUACUUAUAAAUCUGAUCAUCUUAUAGCUCGCCAAGAAAUACUUAAUGCUACGAUCUGGGGAAAAAGAGUGCCUAAUCACGAGGAUCCGCCAGAAUCUUUUCGAGUGCUCGUUCGAGAACUACGAUCUUUGGCUCUAGAACUGAACCAUUUCCUUGUAUCUGAGAAGAACUUCCAGGUUAAUAGGGAGGAUGUUUGAUCGGAAUAAAUAUAAAUUUUUUUCUUAUUUCUAUUUUAUGAUUGACCAAUAUAAACAUAAACAACUUCAAAUUGGACUCGUUUCCCCUCAACAAAUAAAGGCUUGGGCUAAAAAAAUCCUACCUAAUGGGGAAGUCGUUGGCGAAGUCACAAGGCCCUCCACUUUUCAUUAUAAAACCGAUAAACCAGAAAAAGAUGGAUUGUUUUGCGAAAGAAUCUUUGGACCCAUAAAAAGCGGAAUUUGUGCUUGUGGAAACUCUCGAGCGAGCGUAGCUGAAAACGAAGACGAAAGAUUUUGCCAAAAAUGCGGGGUAGAAUUUGUUGAUUCUCGGAUACGAAGAUAUCAAAUGGGAUACAUCAAACUAGCAUGUCCAGUGACUCAUGUGUGGUAUUUGAAAGGUCUUCCUAGUUAUAUUGCGAAUCUUUUAGAUAAACCCCUUAAGAAAUUGGAGGGCCUAGUAUAUGGUGAUUUCUCUUUUGCUAGGCCCAGCGCUAAAAAACCUACUUUCUUACGAUUACGGGGUUUAUUCGAAGAUGAAAUUUCAUCCUGUAACCACAGUAUUUCUCCCUUUUUUUCUACCCCAGGCUUUGCAACAUUUCGAAAUCGGGAAAUUGCAACAGGAGCAGGCGCUAUUAGAGAACAAUUAGCAGAUUUAGAUUUGCGAAUUAUUAUAGAGAAUUCUUUGGUUGAAUGGAAGGAAUUAGAAGACGAGGGGUAUAGUGGAGAUGAAUGGGAAGAUAGAAAAAGACGAAUAAGAAAAGUUUUUUUGAUUAGACGCAUGCAAUUGGCGAAACAUUUUAUUCAAACAAAUGUAGAACCAGAAUGGAUGGUUUUGUGCUUAUUACCGGUUCUUCCUCCCGAAUUGAGACCCAUUGUUUAUAGAUCUGGGGAUAAAGUAGUGACUUCAGAUAUUAAUGAACUUUAUAAGAGAGUUAUCCGUCGGAACAACAACCUUGCCUAUCUAUUAAAAAGAAGUGAAUUAGCACCAGCAGAUUUAGUAAUGUGCCAGGAAAAAUUGGUACAAGAAGCCGUGGAUACACUUCUUGAUAGUGGGUCCCGCGGGCAACCGACGAGGGAUGGUCACAAUAAAGUAUACAAAUCACUUUCAGAUGUAAUUGAGGGUAAAGAGGGGAGGUUUCGCGAGACUCUGCUUGGGAAACGGGUCGAUUACUCGGGGCGUUCUGUCAUUGUUGUGGGUCCUUCGCUUUCAUUACAUCAAUGUGGAUUACCUCUAGAGAUAGCAAUAAAGCUUUUUCAGCUAUUUGUAAUUCGCGAUUUAAUCACGAAACGUGCUACUUCUAAUGUCAGGAUUGCUAAAAGGAAAAUUUGGGAAAAGGAACCCAUUGUAUGGGAAAUACUUCAAGAAGUUAUGCGGGGACAUCCUGUACUGUUGAACAGAGCACCUACCCUGCAUAGAUUAGGCAUACAGGCCUUCCAACCCACUUUAGUAGAGGGACGUACUAUUUGUUUACAUCCAUUAGUGUGUAAGGGUUUCAAUGCGGACUUUGAUGGGGAUCAAAUGGCUGUUCACCUACCUUUAUCCUUGGAAGCUCAGGCGGAAGCCCGUUUACUUAUGUUUUCUCAUAUGAAUCUCCUGUCUCCCGCUAUUGGAGAUCCUAUUUGCGUGCCAACCCAAGACAUGCUUAUCGGACUUUAUGUAUUAACGAUUGGAAACCGUCUAGGUAUUUGUGCAAAUAGAUAUAAUAGUUGCGGAAACUCUCCAAAUAAAAAAGUAAACUACAAUAAUAACAAUUAUUAUAAGUAUACGAAAGAUAAAGAACCCCAUUUUUCUAGUUCCUAUGAUGCACUGGGAGCUUAUAGACAAAAACGAAUCGGUUUAAACAGUCCCUUGUGGCUCCGAUGGAAACUAGAUCAACGCAUCGUUGGGUCAAGAGAAGUUCCGAUUGAAGUUCAAUAUGAAUCUUUUGGGACUUAUCAUGAGAUUUAUGCCCACUAUCUAGUAGUGGGAAAUAGAAAAAAAGAAAUCCGUUCUAUAUACAUUCGAACCACUCUUGGUCAUAUUUCUUUUUAUAGAGAAAUAGAGGAAGCCAUACAAGGAUUUAGUCGGGCCUAUUCAUACACUAUCUAAACAAGGAAGUUAGAUUCGGCGAUGCCCCUUUCGGGGGGCAUUCCGAUUUCGCUAGUACCAUCUUUUUUGCCGCGCAAAUCCAGAUUGAGAUUGAGGAAAGGGAGUAAAUUAAGUUUUCGAAUCACUGACUCAGGCCCAUUGUCGAAUCCUACUCAGCAAUUGUCGAAUCCUACUCAGCCAAAAAAAGGGGGUACUUAUGUAUGGCAGAACGGGCCAACCUGGUCUUUCAUAAUAAAGAGAUAGACGGAACUGCUAUGAAACGGCUUAUUAGCAGAUUAAUAGAUCAUUUCGGAAUGGGAUAUACAUCCCAUAUACUGGAUCAAAUAAAGACUCUGGGCUUCCAUCAAGCCACUACUACAUCGAUUUCUUUAGGAAUCGAGGAUCUUUUAACAAUACCCUCUAAAGGAUGGUUAGUCCAAGACGCGGAACAACAGAGUUUUCUUUUGGAGAAACACUAUUAUUAUGGAGCUAUACACGCGGUAGAAAAAUUACGCCAAUCCGUUGAGAUAUGGUAUGCUACAAGUGAAUAUUUGAAACAAGAAAUGAAUUCGAAUUUUCGAAUAACGGAUCCUUCUAAUCCAGUCUAUCUAAUGUCUUUUUCAGGAGCCAGAGGAAAUGCAUCUCAGGUACACCAAUUAGUAGGUAUGAGAGGGUUAAUGGCGGAUCCUCAAGGACAAAUGAUUGAUUUACCUAUUCAAAGCAAUUUACGCGAGGGACUUUCUUUGACAGAAUAUAUAAUUUCCUGCUACGGAGCCCGAAAAGGGGUUGUAGAUACUGCUGUACGAACAGCGGAUGCUGGCUAUCUUACACGUAGACUUGUUGAAGUAGUUCAACAUAUUAUUGUGCGUAGAAGAGAUUGUGGUACUAUCCAAGGUAUUUCUGUGAGUCCUCAAAAUGGGAUGACGGAAAAACUUUUUGUCCAAACACUAAUUGGUCGUGUAUUAGCAGACGAUAUAUAUAUUGGUUCACGAUGCAUUGCUUCUCGAAAUCAAGAUAUUGGAAUUGGAUUAGUCAAUCGAUUCAUAACUGCCUUUCGAGCACAACCGUUUCGAGCACAACCAAUAUAUAUUAGAACCCCCUUUACUUGCCGGAGCACAUCUUGGAUCUGUCAAUUAUGUUAUGGGCGGAGUCCCACUCAUGGGGAUCUGGUCGAAUUGGGGGAAGCUGUAGGUAUUAUUGCGGGUCAAUCAAUUGGGGAGCCGGGGACUCAAUUAACAUUAAGAACUUUUCAUACUGGUGGAGUAUUCACAGGGGGUACUGCCGACCUUAUACGAUCCCCCUCGAAUGGAAAAAUCCAAUUCAAUGAGGAUUUGGUUCACCCCACACGUACCCGUCAUGGGCAGCCUGCUUUUCUAUGCUAUAUAGACUUGCAUGUAACUAUUCAGAGUCAGGAUAUUCUACAUAGUGUGAAUAUUCCGUUAAAAAGCUUGAUUCUAGUGCAAAAUGAUCAAUAUGUAGAAUCUGAACAAGUAAUUGCGGAGAUUCGUGCCGGAACGUCCACUUUGCAUUUUAAAGAAAAGGUACAAAAGCAUAUUUAUUCCGAAUCAGACGGGGAAAUGCACUGGAGUACUGAUGUUUACCAUGCGCCCGAAUAUCAAUAUGGUAAUCUUCGUCGAUUACCAAAAACAAGCCAUUUAUGGAUAUUGUCAGUAAGUAUGUGCAGAUCCAGUAUAGCAUCUUUUUCGCUGCACAAGGAUCAAGAUCAAAUGAAUACUUAUUCUUUUUCUGUUGAUGGAAGAUAUAUCUUUGACUUCUCAAUGGCUAAUGAUCAAGUAAGCCAUAGACUGUUGGAUACUUUUGGUAAAAAAGAUAGAGAAAUUCUUGAUUAUUUAACGCCAGAUCGAAUCGUGUUCAACGGUCAUUGGAAUUGUUUCUAUCCUUCCAUUCUUCAAGAUAAUUCAGAUUUGUUGGCGAAAAAGCGAAGAAAUAGGCUCGUCGUUCCAUUACAAUAUCAUCAAGAACAAGAAAAAGAGCGAAUAUCCUGUUUGGGUAUUUCAAUGGAAAUACCCUUUAUGGGUGUUUUACGUAGAAAUACUAUUUUUGCUUAUUUUGACGAUCCACGAUACAGAAAAGAUAAAAGGGGUUCAGGAAUUGUUAAAUUUAGAUAUAGGACCCUGGAGGAAGAAUAUCGGACCCAAGAGGAAGAGUAUAGGACUCGAGAGGAAGAAUAUCGGACUCGAGAGGAAGACUCAGAAGACGAAUAUGAGAGCCCAGAGAACAAAUAUAGGACCCGAGAGGGAGAGGGCGAAUAUAAAAUCCUAGAAGACGAAUAUAGGACUCUAGAGGACGAAUAUGAAACCCUAGAAGAUGAAUAUGGGAUCCUAGAGGACGAAUAUAGGACUCUAGAGAAAGACUCAGAGGAAGAAUAUGGGAGCCUAGAGAACAAAUAUAGGACUCGAGAGGGAGAGGGCGAAUAUGAAAUCCUAGAGGAAGAAUCAGAAGAAGAAUAUGGGAGCUCUGAAGAUGGCUCAGAGAAGGAAUAUGGGACUUUAGAAGAAGACUCAGAAGAAGACUCAGAGGAAGACUCAGAAGACGAAUAUGGGAGCCCGGAGGAAGAUUCUAUCUUAAAAAAAGAGGGUUUUAUUGAGCAUCGAGGAACAAAAGAAUUUAGUCUAAAAUACCAAAAAGAAGUAGAUCGGUUUUUUUUCAUUCUUCAAGAACUGCAUAUCUUGCCGAGAUCCUCAUCCCUAAAGGUACUUGACAAUAGUAUUAUUGGAGUCGAUACACAACUCACAAAAAAUACAAGAAGUCGACUAGGUGGAUUGGUCCGAGUGAAGAGAAAAAAAAGCCAUACAGAACUCAAAAUCUUUUCCGGAGAUAUUCAUUUUCCUGAAGAGGCGGAUAAGAUAUUAGGUGGCAGUUUGAUACCACCAGAAAGAGAAAAAAAAGAUUCUAAGGAAUCAAAAAAAAGGAAAAAUUGGGUUUAUGUUCAACGGAAAAAAUUUCUCAAAAGCAAGGAAAAGUAUUUUGUUUCGGUUCGACCUGCAGUCGCAUAUGAAAUGGACGAAGGGAUAAAUUUAGCAACACUUUUCCCGCAGGAUCUCCUGCAAGAAGAGGAUAAUCUCCAACUUCGACUUGUCAAUUUUAUUUCUCAUGAAAAUAGCAAGUUAACUCAAAGAAUUUAUCACACGAAUAGUCAAUUCGUUCGAACUUGCUUAGUAGUGAAUUGGGAACAAGAAGAAAAAGAGGGAGCUCGUGCUUCUCUUGUUGAGGUAAAAACAAAUGAUCUAAUUCGCGAUUUCCUAAGAAUUGAGUUAGUCAAGUCUACUAUUUUGUAUACACGAAGAAGGUAUGAUAGGACAAGUGUAGGAUUGAUUCCCAAUAAUAGGUUAGAUCGCAACAAUACCAAUUCCUUUUAUUCCAAGGCGAAGAUUCAAUCACUUAGCCAACAUCAAGAAGUUAUUGGCACCUUGUUGAAUCGAAAUAAAGAAUAUCCAUCUUUGAUGAUUUUGUUGGCAUCCAACUGUUCUCGAAUUGGUUUAUUCAAGAAUUCUAAAUAUCCCAAUGCGGUAAAAGAAUCGAAUCCUAGAAUUCCUAUUCGAGAUAUUUUUGGGCUCUUAGGCGUUAUUGUACCUAGUAUAUCGAAUUUUUCUUCAUCUUACUAUUUAUUAACGCAUAAUCAGAUCUUGUUAAAAAAAUACUUGUUCCUUGACAAUUUGAAACAAACCUUACAAGUACUUCAAGGACUUAAAUACUCUUUAAUAGACGAAAAUAAAAGGAUUUCGAAUUUUGACAGUAACAUCAUGUUGGAGCCAUUCCAUUUGAAUUGGCACUUUCUCCAUCAUGACUCAUGGGAAGAGACAUUGGCAAUAAUUCACCUUGGACAAUUUAUUUGUGAAAAUUUAUGUCUAUUUAAAUUACACAUAAAAAAAUCUGGUCAAAUUUUCAUUGUUAAUAUGGACUCCUUUGUUCUAAGAGCAGCUAAGCCUUAUUUGGCCACUAUAGGAGCAACUGUUCAUGGUCAUUAUGGAAAAAUCCUUUACAAAGGAGAUAGGUUAGUUACGUUUAUAUAUGAAAAAUCGAGAUCCAGUGAUAUAACGCAAGGUCUUCCAAAAGUAGAACAAAUCUUCGAAGCGCGUUCAAUUGAUUCACUAUCGCCGAAUCUCGAAAGGAGAAUUGAGGAUUGGAAUGAACGUAUACCAAGAAUUCUUGGGGUUCCCUGGGGAUUCUUGAUUGGAGCUGAGCUAACCAUAGCCCAAAGUCGUAUCUCUUUGGUUAAUAAGAUCCAAAAGGUUUAUCGAUCCCAAGGGGUACAGAUCCAUAAUAGACAUAUAGAGAUUAUUAUACGCCAAGUAACAUCAAAAGUAAGGGUUUCCGAAGAUGGAAUGUCUAAUGUUUUUUUACCUGGGGAAUUAAUAGGACUAUUGCGAGCGGAACGAGCAGGGCGGGCUUUAGAUGAAUCGAUCUAUUAUCGGGCAAUCUUAUUGGGAAUAACAAGGGCUUCCCUGAAUACCCAAAGUUUCAUAUCUGAAGCAAGUUUUCAAGAAACUGCUCGAGUUUUAGCAAAAGCUGCCCUACGAGGUCGUAUUGAUUGGUUGAAAGGUCUGAAAGAAAACGUAGUUCUGGGGGGGAUUAUACCUGUUGGUACCGGAUUCCAAAAAUUUGUGCAUCGUUCCCCACAAGACAAGAACCUUUAUUUAGAAAUUCAAAAAAAAAAUCUAUUCGCGUCGGAAAUGAGAGAUAUUUUGUUUCUCCAUACAGAAUUAGUUUCUUCUGAUUCUGACGUAACAAACAAUUUCUAUGAAACAUCAGAGACCCCGUUUACCCCUAUUUAUACGAUUUAAGUAUACAUAAAGCAAUUUUUUUUACUUUAAUUUAAACUAUACUUUUGACCUUAGAAUGCUAACAGGUCUGAUUUUCGAUUUUGUACUUAAAUUUAAAUUGUAUUUUAAUAAGUAAAAGAAGUCAGUUAAUUCAUUAAGGCUAUGUUUAUACCGUGUAUCAAUGGUCAAGAAGGUUCCAUUGGAACAAUUAUUAUUUAUUUCAAGCUAUUUCGGCUCUUUCUUAAUCUUCAAAAAGAAAUGAAUUCCGUAAUGGUAACACGAAAAAAGAAAAAAAAAGGAAGUGUGGAAAAAAUGACAAGAAGAUAUUGGAACAUCAAUUUGAAAGAGAUGAUAGAAGCGGGAGUUCAUUUUGGUCAUGGUAUUAAGAAAUGGAAUCCCAAAAUGGCCCCUUACAUCUCGGCAAAGCGUAAAGGUACUCAUAUUACAAAUCUUGCUAGAACAGCUCGUUUUUUAUCAGAAGCUUGUGAUUUAGUUUUUGAUGCAGCAAGUCAGGGAAAAAGCUUCUUAAUUGUUGGUACCAAAAAAAGAGCAGCGGAUUUAGUAGCAUCAGCUGCAAUAAGGUCUCGUUGUCAUUAUGUUAAUAAAAAGUGGUUCAGCGGUAUGUUAACGAAUUGGUCGAUUACCAAAACUAGACUUUCUCAAUUUAGAGACUUAAGAGCAGAAGAAAAAAUGGGAAAAUUCCACCAUCUCCCAAAAAGAGAUGCGGCAAUCUUAAAGAGAAAAUUAUCUACCUUGCAAAGAUAUCUCGGCGGGAUCAAAUAUAUGACGAGGUUGCCUGACAUUGUGAUCGUCCUUGAUCAGCAAAAAGAGUAUAUAGCUCUUCAGGAAUGUGCCAUUUUGGGGAUUCCUACUAUUUCUUUAGUCGAUACAAAUUGUGACCCAGAUCUUGCGAAUAUAUCGAUUCCUGCCAACGAUGACACUAUGACUUCAAUUCGAUUAAUUCUUAACAAAUUAGUAUUUGCAAUUUCUGAGGGCCGUUCUCUCUAUAUAAGAAAUCGUUGAUUAAGAAGAAUAGUGAAUUCUUGAGCAACUGCGUAGAUUUAUAGGAUUAAUUACUAUUCUUUUUUGUUUUGCAUAGAUAAAAGAAGGGAAAUAUUGAUAUAUAUUAGAGGGUAUUGAUAUAUAUUAUGAUCUGAUGUGAUUUCUUGGUAUAUUAAAUAUAAGAUUAAUACUUCAAGUUGCUGAGUUGAGAAAGAGAUGCUUGAAUCAAAAGAAUUCCUUUUUUGAAGUUCAAUUUUUAUCAGAGGACAAUAUGAAUAUUACACCAUGUUCCAUUAAAACACUCAAGGGGUUAUAUGAUAUAUCGGGUGUAGAAGUAGGGCAACACUUCUAUUGGCAAAUAGGAGGUUUCCAAAUUCAUGCCCAAGUACUCAUCACUUCUUGGGUCGUAAUUACUAUUUUGCUAGGUUCAGUUAUCAUAGCUGUUCGGAAUCCACAAACCAUCCCGACCGAUGGUCAGAAUUUCUUCGAAUAUGUCCUUGAGUUUAUUCGAGACUUGAGCAAAACUCAGAUUGGAGAAGAAUAUGGUCCCUGGGUUCCCUUUAUUGGAACUAUGUUCCUUUUUAUUUUUGUUUCGAAUUGGUCAGGUGCUCUUUUACCUUGGAAAAUUAUAGAGUUACCCCAUGGGGAAUUAGCAGCGCCCACGAAUGAUAUAAAUACUACUGUUGCUUUAGCUUUACUAACAUCAGCGGCAUAUUUUUAUGCGGGUCUUAGCAAAAAAGGAUUGAGUUAUUUCGAAAAAUAUAUUAAACCAACCCCAAUCCUUUUACCUAUUAACAUCCUAGAAGAUUUCACAAAACCAUUAUCACUUAGUUUUCGACUUUUCGGAAAUAUAUUGGCGGAUGAAUUAGUCGUUGUUGUUCUUGUUUCUUUAGUCCCCUUAGUAGUCCCUAUACCGGUCAUGUUUCUUGGAUUAUUUACAAGCGGUAUUCAAGCUCUUAUUUUUGCAACGUUAGCCGCAGCCUAUAUAGGUGAAUCCAUGGAAGGUCAUCAUUGAAUUAACUAGUUUUUGAAAUAGUCUUUCUUUUUUUAGCUUAGCCCAAUUCAUGCAUGAUUCCGGAUAAUCCUCUUAGUUGGAAAACUAAAUAGUUCGAAAGGCGUAUGAAUAUACAACCUAGAGUUGUAGGAGAGAGAAUAGACUAUAUUAUGGAAGAGGUAAAGUAUAUAUGCAUUCAGGGGGGCCAAGUCAGGUUAGAUCUAUAUCUUUAAUGCCUAUAAGACAGUCAUCUUUUGUGUGGCUUUCUAAAGAAUGAUUUUAGAAUCGGAUUCAAUAGAAAAUGAGAAAAUAGGCAAACAAAAUAGAAGAAACAAAUGUAUAUGGGAUUUUUUUUAUUCCUAAGUUAGAUUCAUUAUCUAAUCCGAUAUAUAGAAUUCCCUUCUAUAUGGAACUGGAUUCCAUAUCUAGUUCUAUGCAGCAUAUUGUUAUCAAUUGUAUAUCUUGAUUUGAUUCCUAUUGGAUUUGGAUUAGUUCGAUUUCAAUAGGGGUUCUUCCUGUAUUUCGUCUUUUAUUAUGUUAGAUGAAGGGGAAAAAAUGGGAACUCAAAGAUAUCGAAGAGUAAAAAAAAGGAUGGAAUAAAAGAGUGAUUGGUUGAAAAGAAAGAGAAAUAGAAUAAUGAGAAUCAUAUGGAUUUACACAAACCUCUAAUGAUUAGAAACUAAAAACGAGAUCUCGAAGUAAUUCGAACGAUUUCGAUUAUCAUUUAUUUGUACUUAUUAGUUACUUCUACCCGAUAGAGCUUAGAAGUUGGAAGUAAUAAUUUCUUGGUUGAUUGUAUCCUUAACCAUUUCUUUUUUUUUGACACGAGGAACUCAUCAUGAAUCCACUAAUUGCUGCUGCUUCCGUUAUUGCUGCUGGAUUGGCCGUAGGGCUUGCUUCUAUUGGGCCCGGAGUUGGUCAAGGUACUGCUGCAGGACAAGCUGUAGAAGGUAUUGCGAGACAGCCAGAAGCAGAAGGUAAAAUAAGAGGUACUUUAUUGCUUAGUCUAGCUUUUAUGGAAGCUUUAACAAUUUAUGGACUGGUUGUGGCACUAGCGCUUUUAUUUGCGAACCCUUUUGUUUAAUCCUAAAAAAGAAAAUGAGUCCUUUAGAUUAGAUACUUUUUUCUUUUUUUAGUACAUUGGCAUUUGCUUAUGUAAUUCUAAGUAUAUCAAUACUUUACUUUACUCCUAUUUAUUAUAUUAUUUCUUUUUUAUAUUAUUCCGGAAAUUUUGUAUUUAUCGGGACAGACAAUACCCUAGGAACCCCAAGAAGGGCUGAUUUGAGCAUGAUCAAUUUAGAGGAUAUGCUCGCCCUCUUCCUUCCCGUCCUUAGUUUAGGACAGUGGAAAGUAUUUUUCCUUUUAUUUUAGGAAUUUUGGGAACAUUUCAACAAAGGAGAUCUUUCACAGGUCAAACGAGACCUAAGACUUAAUCUAAAAGAAAUUAUUAGAUUGAAUCUAUUUGCAUUAAAAAAACCGAUCAAAAAAGGACGAGCGAAGUAAGUAAUCGAAAAACUUUCUUCUUUGUUCGUCCUAUCUAUAAGAGGAGAGCAUAUGAAAAAUGUAACCCAUUCUUUUGUUUUUUUAGCUCACUGGCCAUUCGCUGGGAGUUUCGGGCUUAAUACCGAUAUUUUAGCAACAAAUCUAAUAAAUCUAACUGUAGUGGUUGGUGUAUUGAUUUUUUUUGGAAAGGGAGUGUGUGCGAGUUGUCUAUUUCAAGAAUAGAUUGGAUCUAUCCGGCUGCACUUUAGAAUAUUUUUAGUAUUUUUUUUGAUAAAUAAGAAAAGGUGCACGAUCUCGACGAAUUACUUCUGAAUAACUUCAGAAAUCAUAUGGAAGAACCAUAGCAUUUCGCGAUUCAUUGGUAAAUUUACUUUGAUUCUCUAUAGACCAAUAAUGUGAGACCAUUAACACGGUUAAAGCUAAACUGCUUGAAGUCCGGGCAAAAA